UUCCGUUCUUCGAGUUCGGGGUUUUUCUUUUUUUCACCAACACAACGAAUUCCAUUUGGUUGUUUACCAACAAGUCUGGCGCCCGCACUUUUGUUGUGGUUUCUUUGUGUAUAACACCAACACCAUCGGGGGGUUAUUGAAUUUAUAAUUCGAUUCCCGAAUCUUUGCGGUGUAUAUAAAUAGGACCCGUAAAACCUCGUGAUGACCAACUGGUUUUGAUUUCGGUUUGUUAUUGUAGUUGGGAACCACCAGUAUUAUUGGAAAUUGAAUUGCGAUCACCCCAUAUAUUCGACACUCACCACAACCAUGACGAACCGACGGUACCUCACGUACUUGCUCUGUGUCCUUCUCGAUCAUUUGGCAGUGAGGUCUCAGGAACUGGUUUCACCAUGUCCCAGGAUUUUUCAAUACGAGCAGAAACCGAACGAGCCGGACAGGUGGUACGGCACGGCCAAACUGGUCCCCGAUCAAGAUUUAACCGGAGUUUGGUUCAGGAUCGUGUUGGACGCCAAAAGUAUACAAGUGGGGAACUGGUUCGGAGAAGUGGAAACCAGAGACAACAACCUCGGAUAUUUAAUCAAAAAUCCCAAUUACAAGUUGAAAGCGGGUACGCCUCUAGAAAUUAAAUUUUACGUACGAUACGAUCCCAGCAAACCUCCACCGAAACUCACCAGCUUCAGAUUGAACGCGGUAGUAAAAUGUCCUGAAAAUGGCCCCGUCACCGAACCACCCCAGGGAAUGAACCAACUGUUUACGAACAAGCCGGAUAUAAGCGAUCCCCUCAGCAUAAGCAAUCAAGGAGGAUUUUCUAUCAAUGCAGGACCAUCAGAAAGUAAACCUGCACUGCAACAAAACCCGGACGAAGACUUUUUCCAUGGAGACUUCACGGAACUGCUAAAACCUUCACGUCCUGGUACUAUCGACCCUAUGAAGAAUACCAUUGUCAAUGGAGCCGUUUGCGGUACUGUCGUGAAGCAACCCAGGCCCCUUAUAACCCAUGGACAAGCGACCCAAGAGGGCGAGUUUCCGUGGCACGCGGCCCUCUAUCACUCCCAAGGGAUCGACCUGACUUACAUUUGCGGUGCGUCCUUGAUAAGCCUUCAACAUUUGAUUACGGUAGCGCAUUGUGUCACAAGGAAAAAGACUCAGACCAUGGUCAAUCCAGACAAUUUGGUCGUAUACGUUGGCAAAUUUUAUCUUCGUACCUGGCGCAGUCCGGGCAUCCAAGAUCGAAGGGUGGAUAAAAUCAUUAUUCAUCCCAAAUAUAACCCUCAAGUGUUCGGUAAUGAUAUAGCGGUGCUGAAACUGACCGAACCUGCACAACUGACCAGUUACGUCAGGCCCGUAUGCUUAUGGCAAGGAUCUAAUCAAUUAGAGCUGGUUGUUAAUCAAACAGGAAUCGUAGUUGGAUGGGGAUUUGACGAAACUGGAACGGUUACGGAACAGCUCACCAAAGCCCAUAUGCCCAUAGUAUCUCAGGAAACGUGCAUUUACUCGUUUCCGGACUUUUACUCGAGGUUUACGAGUAGCACAACCUUUUGCGCCGGAUUUAAAAAUGGUACGUCGGUGUGCAAUGGCGACUCUGGUGGUGGACUGGUACUUCCCAAGCCGAACUCGGACAGGAACAACCCAAUAUGGCAGAUUCGCGGUCUGGUGUCCAUCAGUGUGGCAGUUCAUAAUAAAUUCAGAUGCGAUUCGUCGCAUUAUGUCGUUUUUACCGAUGUUGCUAAACAUCUGGAUUUCGUUAAGAACGCUAUGAAACAGUGAAAUUGUUGCUAGUUUUAGUUAGUUAUUCAAUUAAGGCGUAUAUGGAGACUGAAGUAGUAAGUAGUGAAGUUGCAGACUGGAUCAUCAUUUAUUCUAUUAUAGUUCUAAGGUGUAUUUAUUUAAUUAAUAAAAUGUUUUAAUGAUAA